UCAACUCUCUAUCCUCCUCUGUCCAUUCAUUGGCUGGCCUGGCAGGGUGGGCGUGGCCUCUGCCUCUUUAUAAGCCCAACUGUUCCACGCCUCUGCCCAUUCUGCUACAGCCCAGCCAUGGCACAGGUGAGCUUCCUGGCAGGUGCCCUCGCCUUCCUGCUCCUGGUGGUGCCCCCAGUGGUGCCCGAUGAGGACACCGCAGCAGAGGUCCCCCGAGUGGAAAUGCCCAUCUCCAACCCUGAGGUCCAGAAGGCCGUGGCCUUGGCUGUCAAGUCCUUCAACACGCAGAGCGCCAGCAAGUAUUAUUUCAAGCGACUUGACGUCCUGAGUGCGGAGAGCCAGGCAGUGGAAGGCAUCAAAUACUUCCUGACCAUCGUACUGGCGCAAACAAAUUGCGAAAAGAAGACGGCGUAUGACCUGCCAGCAGCAGAAUUAGAAAAAUGUGAAGUUUCCCCAAAGGCCGAAAAGGAGAAACACACCUGUGAAUUCGAGGUCUGGAUGAACGAGAAGAAAACCAGCGCAGGAAUUCAAACUUGGAAGCGCCUGAGUUGGCGGUGCACCUGGAAUAUUCCUUAUUCUAAUUCUUAAUGCUCAGCCAUUUUUCUGAUCCUUCCUUCUUUUGCUAGAUAUCCCUCUAAAUUCAGUCUGUCCAGGUUCACAACCUCACAAAUCAUGACCUUGUAGGGCCAUGUUUUUUGGUGUCUCUGGUGGGAUCCAAAUCUGAUCAUUCCAACCAUUCCCCAAAGCAAGGGGAGCAUCUCCACUGUAGAACAGGCAUGGGCAAACUUUGGCCCUCCAGGUGUUUUGGACUUCAACUCCCACCA